GACAGAUGACUCGGCAUUGUUUUUCUGCAAAGAGCGCAUUGAAUUAUUUGUAGAAAUUGUAACAAAUUUGUGAUUGAGCUGGUUUACCGCAUAUUGGUUGAAGUGAAUUUAUUUUUACAAAAUAUUUUAUAAAAUGUCGUCAGAUAAAGACAAGGAGAAAGAUAAAAAUGCUAAAGCCGAUUUAGGACUUUUGGAAGAGGAUGACGAAUUUGAGGAAUUCCCUAUCGAAGAUUUCAAUAUUGCGGAUGAUGAUCAAGACGAAGUGAAUGUGUGGGAAGAUAAUUGGGAUGAUGAUAAUGUCGAAGAUGAUUUCAUUCAACAACUGAAAGCACAUUUACAAAAGCAGGCUAUGGAAACAUAAAAUCAUUCAUCUAUAAGUUCUAUACAAAUUAGUUUUAGUGAUAUCAACUAAUAAAUUUUGCACAUCGUAAAACCGGGCAAACGAAAAAGCAAAAACAAACCGUA